UCAAUCCUGGAACCACAAAACGUGAUGGAUCAGCAAAAUCAGUUAUAUCAAUCUCAAAGAGCCCUUCCUGAGACAUCAUCAACAUCUCUAGAUUCCACUGCCCAGACUGGACAUGCAACUGGUGGUGAUUGGCAAGAGGAGGAGGAGGUCUUUCAAAAAAUCAAACUCAUGAAGGAGAUGUACUUACCCGAACUCAGUGAAAUAUAUCAGAAAAUUGCUACUAAACUUCAGCAGCAUGAUUCUCUUCCACAACCGCCAAAAUCAGAGCAGCUUGACAAACUGAAAAUGCUCAGGACCAUGUUAGAGCGCCUCAUAUCAGUCUUACAGAUUUCCAAAAGUAGCAUUUCACCUGGUUUGAAUUGCAAGUUGUUUUUUUACGAAAAGCAGAUAGUAAAUUUUAUUAAUGCCUGCGAAGCCAGUUUCUGCAAGGCAUCAAUGGACAGCACAGCCGCCCCUCCUACCUGAAACGGCCUCGUGUCUUCCCUUGACAUGUGGAAUAUACACAUUUCGUAACUUGGUCUUAAAUAAAAUGCACAUAUUUGUGAUGAAAAAUUUCAGAAACUCAAGUGUUUGUCGAAGAAGAGCGAGAAACAAUUUCCAAACUGUUUCUAAUGUUAAUACUCUAGUCGGAACGCUAUCCUAUAUCUUA